CUUAUUUAUUCCGCAGGUCCUCGAAAAAUUGUUUGUGCAAUUGAUUCUAUCAGUGUUGCUUUCGAAUCGUCUUCGAACAUGGCUGGGGAAGGCACUGAUGCCGAAGCCGCGAAAUUGAGUUUGUCAGCGUUAUACAUAUCAGAGAAGGGAAACGAUGAAACUGGUGCAGGAACCGCCGAGAAGCCAUUCAAAACGCUGCUCAAGGCGAUGCACCACGCUGGCAAAGAGCCGUUCCCCGAAUUCAUAGGCGAUGCCAAAGAAGAAAGCAAAGUCUGGGAGCCCGUUAGUCAGUCACAGAUAAAGAAAAUUAAGAAACUCUGGGUUCGUGAGCAGCAUAAGGCGGAUGAUAAAUCCAAGCGGGAAAAUGAAGACGCUGCCAAACGGGAUGCGAAUCUCGAGGAAGCCCGCAAAAUUUGCAUCGAGGAAGACCCCAGUCUUCCGGCUGCUACAAGGGUGAAAAUUCGUGACACCGGCUCAAAACGUGGAUCUCGUGUUAAGAUUUUCGGUUGGGUGCACCGAUUGCGACGCCAGGGGAAAUCGUUGAUGUUUCUCACGCUGCGUGACGGCACCGGUUUUCUCCAGUGCGUUUUAACUGACAAGCUUUGCGCAACUUACGAAGCAGUCACUCUGGCCACUGAGUCGUCCGUAGCUUUAUUUGGCCAGCUGAAGGUUGUGCCCGAAGGCAAAUCCGCCCCAGGUGGCCACGAAUUACACGUGGACUAUUGGGAGCUGAUCGGUGCUUCCCCGGCCGGAGGUGCGGAAACCCUGCUGAAUGAAGAAGCUCAUCCCGAUGUGCAGCUGGACAACCGACAUAUGAUGAUUCGCGGCGAGAAUACGUCGAAAGUGAUGAAGAUGCGGUCGGUGAUCAUGCAAGCAUUCCGAGGGCACUUCAUCGAUCGGGGAUAUUUCGAGAUCACGCCGCCAACAAUGGUUCAAACGCAAGUCGAAGGUGGCUCCACGCUGUUUUCCUUUGACUAUUUCGGCGAGAAGGCGUAUUUGACGCAGUCGAGUCAGCUGUAUCUCGAAACGGCAAUGCCCAGCAUGGGGGACGUGUUUUGCCUGGCUCAGAGUUAUCGGGCGGAGAAGGCCCGCACGCGGCGACAUCUAGCCGAGUACACGCAUGUUGAAGCGGAGAGACCCUUCAUCACGUUUGAAGAGCUCUUGGAUACCCUCGAGGACUUGGUGUGCGAUGUUGUGGAUCGAGUGCUUGCUCAUCCCUUGGGAUGUUUGGUGCAAGAGCUCAACCCUGAUUUCAAGCCACCUAAACGGCCGUUCAAGAGGUUAGACUACAAGGAUGCCAUCGAAUAUCUUCGGGAACACGACAUCAAGAAAGAAGACGGAGUUGGAGAGAUCGUCGGAGGCUCUAUGAGGAUUUCAGAUUUUGACGAAUUAAUUGCUGGAUACAAGAGAGAAGGGAUUAGUCCUGAGCCGUAUUAUUGGUACACAGACCAGAGAAAAUUUGGAUCCUGUCCACAUGGCGGAUACGGACUCGGAUUGGAGCGAUUCCUGUGUUGGCUACUGAACCGGUAUCACAUCCGGGAAGCGGCGUCUCAGUGGAAAUNAAUGACUGAUCAGAUCAACGAACCCAUCAUGCUUAUCCGGUUUCCAGCCGAAAUAAAAGCUUUCUACAUGCCCCGGUGCAAGGACGACAACCGUGUCACCGAAUCUGUGGAUGUUCUCAUGCCAGGAGUCGGAGAGAUCGUCGGAGGCUCUAUGAGGAUUUCAGAUUUUGACGAAUUAAUUGCUGGAUACAAGAGAGAAGGGAUUAGUCCUGAGCCGUAUUAUUGGUACACCGACCAGAGGAAAUUUGGAUCCUGUCCACAUGGCGGAUACGGACUCGGAUUGGAGCGAUUCCUGUGUUGGCUACUGAACCGGUAUCACAUCCGGGAAGCGUGUCUUUAUCCUCGAUUCUUGGAGCGAUGCAAGCCUUAAAAUGUUGUGGACAGCAAAUGAAGUUCUGUGGAAUUUCGAGAAAACCCGGAAUGUUUGGAAGCCACGUCAGCAGAUCCGAGCGAGGUUUUUUUUUUUUUUCCUUUUUGUGAAGCUUAUUUCAAUUCCGGUCGUGUUUUCGUUUGUCCGAUUUAUUUCGCUCUAUUUCCGACCGGCGACUGAACGUGAUCCUUGAUGGCGGAUAACAAAAAGGGUACUGCGCCUUUUUUGCUGGAA